AUGCAUCGCAACUCUCGCGGCAGAGGCGGCCAUGACCGCCCAUACAGGUAUGAGGGUGAGGCUCACCAUGGUGACCAGGGGUCGUCGCGUAGCAUGCCACGAGGCCGGUCAACCCGCAAUGAUGAGUACAACAACAACAUGUACGAUGAUGGUCAGCCUUCGGGCGAGUAUGGCCGUCGAGAUCGUCAACCAAGCCGCGGCAGAGGAAGAUAUGAAGGCGAUGGUCGACGCCAAAGAGAUUCCGAAGAAAAGAGCUUCACUACUACUCCCCCAUGGAGGUCCGCCAGCCGAAGCAGGUCCCAUAGCCCGGGCCUCGACCCUGGCCAACCCUCUGAUACCGUGAUUGUCGAGGAUCUCCCUGCCAAUAUCCUCACCGAGGUGCUUCACGAUUGCAUUCUCAAUAACUCUGCCGUUUCCAACUUUAACGACGUCGAAGUGCGAAUUAAAUCCGGGAGAGGAACUCGCUAUGCUUUCGUGCAAUUUGCUUCUGUGGAUGAGGCGACUGCCCUUGUGAAGAAACAUUUCCCUUAUCUGCCUAUGCAGUUACCACGUUCUACUGAUGACGCUCCGAACGGUAGAUUCGAGGCAUACUUCCAAUAUGCUCGAACUCGGGACGAGCCGGAGGAUCAACGCAAGAACGCUGACAACUGGAGUUGCGCAUCUCGAGUUGCAGAUGAGUCGGAGUGGUUGGCUACGCUCACCGGCGCCACUGAUGCUGGCGACCAGUCCUCGCACAUUCUGGUGGUCUAUCCAAUCUUGCCGAGCAUAACUGAGACCAUGCUGGCUGGCGACAUGAAGCGUCUUGAGUUGGAAGCGCCUGCCCCCGUAAAGGACACGAGUAAAGACGCACCUAAGCUUAAGUCGACAGCGCCAACACAGAAUGCUGCUGGAUAUGGUGCCCGACCUGGAUCUCUUCACCGGGUCUUUUUGAUGAGAACCACCGCAUCGAACAAAUCGGCCAGAUAUGGUUUUGUAGAGUUCUGGACAGUCGAGGAUGCGAAUGCGGCCAUGACCAAGUUUCGCAUGCUCAAGUCCUUCUCUGUCGCGGCCAACCCUGCCACGGUAUCCCACACCCACAUGGGGGUCUUCUCUCCGGAAGAUCGCAGAGCCAAGCCUGAGAUAGAGAGGGAAUCGUUCAAUCCUCUCAUGAACCCAGCAAUUCGUGUUCGAUACCGGGAUCUUCGCCUUUACCCCAGCCAGUUCAUCGUUACACCAGAGCCGCCGGAGGAUAAGUCUGCUACCCAGACCGCAGAAAACAGUGCCACUGAGGCUAAGAAUGCAACCAGUGGUGCAAAUGAUGCUAAUUACGCGAAGAAGCGCAAGCCCGAAGGGAUUGUCGUCACACCAUCGAAGAAGCCUGCGUUUCUCGGACACGUGGAAAUGUGGCAACGCAGGCAAGAUGAGCUGUACGGAACCAAUGAUUCAUCGCCUGAAAGUUUCACCACCGCCAGUUCUGUCAACCAGACACCCAUCAAUGCAUCGCCUUUGAAGAAGUCUACCAAGGCGGGUCGAGAACCUCCCAUUAGGUUUAAGUUAUCUCUCUCGGGUUCUCCUCUGGCUGCGCCUCAAUCCUCAGAGGAGCGUAGCAGCCCCGAAAAGCGCGACAACUUAUCAUCUGCAACUGAUGAUAAAGCAGCUCUUGAGAAAGACGAAGUUUCCUUCAUUGAUCGAGAUAGGCUCAUGUGCUACUUAUGUGGGCGUAAAUGGACCCAAAUCAAGCACGUCGAUUUGCACGAAAAGACCGACAACCACAAAGCGGCCAUGAAUGACCCCGCUAUGGUCGAGAAAGCGCAUGCGUUAAUGGCAAAGGCGCAAAAGGCUGCGAAGAAGAAAUCUUCGGAGGCAGCUUCUGCUACUCAGUAUCGUGACCGUGCCAAAGAGCGACGAGAGGCGUACAGCCAGUCCGGCAUGCCACGCGAGCAGGGUGAAGCUGGCGGCAACGGCCCUCAGGAGCCCAUGCCAACCCCGACUAAGCAGAAGGCUCCCAAACCGGCGCAGUCCAAGGGAGCUGGCAUGCUGGCCAAGAUGGGCUGGACUUCAGGGGCUGGACUGGGUGCCAACGGCGAAGGUCGCACCGAAGUCAUUGCGAUGAAUGCCUAUCAAGAGGGCGUAGGCCUUGGCGCCGAGGGGAGCAACCUCGGCGACGCAGCCCAGCUUGCGGAGCGGAAGACGAAGAACGACCCUACGGACUACCGCGCCAUGGUUCAAGAAAAGGCGAGAGAGCGUUUCAACAAGAUGGGCUAA